CUGCCAAUAAGACCCAAUUCAUCGACAAUCACCCUCUUCAUCUCCACUUGAGCUGAGAGCCACUGCAAAAUAAACCAUGUUAGUCUCUUCAGCUCUAAACCCCCAAACCUCAAAGCUCUUCUCCCUCUUCCCCAACCCAUCUCUCUCUUCCAAACCCUACAAGCUCUCACCACCCACCACUCUCAGAUUCUCAACCAAGCUCCACACCCUCUCACCCUCCUUCAACUCCUCACAACCCCACCACCACUAUGAAGAAGACCACGUCAUCGGCGACUGCGUGGUCUUCGAAGAAGGCAUAUUCGACGACCCGUUUCUCGAAGACAGCGCCGAAGUCGGACCUUACAGUCCGGAGAAGCCCAGGCCCAGAAAACGCGUUGAGAUAGAGACGGAGAAUUUGGUGCCGGAGAAAUGGAAGGAGGUACAGGCGGAGGUGAACAUAACGAAGAAGGAGAGGAGGAAGAUAGCGCAGGAGGUGCAGUUUGGGUCGAGGGUUGAGAAGAAAAAGAGGGGAUAUGAGCCCAUAAGGAAUUUGGACUUGGAGGAGUACAAGGCGUUUAGGGAGGCCAAGUUGAACCAGCUGAAGCCGCUGGUUUUGGAUAGGCCGGAGAGGUUUAAGGAGGAGGAAGAAGGGAGUGAAGGGUUUGUGAGUGAGAGAGUGGCGCCGAAGAAUCCGAGGUGGGCUGUUUAUGGGAAGGGGUUGGAGGAUGUUACUGAGUUUUUUAACAGUGGACAUUAUGAGCCUGGUGUGAGGAGAGCUGAAGGACCUCGGCCGUUGUUUACCAAAGAGGAGAAGCUGAUGAUGAAUAGGCGAAAACCUGAUAUAGCUGCUGCCACCUCUAGCAAGUGGCUGCCCCUUCACACUCUGGCUGCAUCCGGAGAAUAUUACCUUAUGGAUGCUUUAUUGAAACAUGAAGCUGAUAUCAAUGCUGUUGAUAAGGAUGAUAGGACUGUUCUGCACAAAGCAAUUAUUGGUAAAAACCAGGCCAUUACAAACUAUCUUCUCAGGGAAUCGGCUAAUCCAUUUGUUCGUGAUAGGGAUGGCGCUACCUUGAUGCACUAUGCUGUCCGGACAGCUUCAAGUCAAGCAAUCAAGAUUCUUCUGUUAUAUAAUGUUGAUAUAAACCUUCAGGACAAUGACGGGUGGGCACCAUUACAUCUAGCUGUUCAAGGCCGAAGAGCAGACGUGGUGAGGCUUUUGUUGAUUAAAGGCGCGGAUAAGACACUGAAAAACAAGGAUGGAUUAACCCCUCUUGAGCUUUGCCUCCGUUCUGGUCGAGACACGAGGACGUACGAGCUAAUUAAGCUUUUGAAGCUUCUUCCCAAAACUCGCUAAUGGGUUAAUGUUAUGGUGACAAACUCACCUCUACAGUGCUUCAGCUACCCAAAGUCGUAUGAGGCGGACAAGCCAUGGUCUGAUCUUAGUUGAAAGUCCCAAGCGGAUGCAGAUACAACUGCCAAGUGCCACCCACAAAUGAAAAUGAAACUGAGGGUCUCCAAAUAUCAAAGUCAAUGACUUUGUUACUUGUAAUUCUGUGUAAUUAUGAACGAAACUA